AGCGCAUGCUCAGCCGGCCCCUCGCUUUUACCGGGACCGAAACCCAAGUCCUGACGUGUUGGGCCCGGCCCCUCACUUUUACCGAGACCCAAACCGAAGUCCUGACGUGUUGGGUCCGGCCCUUCGCUUUUACCGAGACGGAGUUCUGACGUGUUGGGGGCCGGCCCCUCACUUCCACCCAGACCAAAACCGAAGUUCUGACGUUUUGGGGUCCAACUGGGCCCGAAUCGUCACCGAGUCGGAGAGUCGCAGGCGCGAAGUUUCCUGACCUGGAAGGAGGGGCCGCCCGCAGCGCGAGAUGCAAGUGGGGAAGCCCAUCCUGUAUUCCUAUUUCCGAAGCUCCUGCUCAUGGAGAGUUCGAAUUGCUCUGGCCUUGAAAAACAUCGACUAUGAGACAGUAGCCGUCAACCUCACAAAGGAUGGGGGCCAGCAGUUCUCUGAAGAAUUUCAGGCCCUGAAUCCCAUGAAGCAGGUGCCAGCCCUGAAGAUUGAUGGAAUCACCAUCAGCCAGUCCCUGGCCAUCAUCGAGUAUCUGGAGGAGACCCGGCCCACGCCGCGACUCCUGCCUCAGGACCCGAAGAAGAGGGCCCAAGUGCGCAUGGUGUCCGAUCUCAUCGCCAGCGGCAUCCAGCCCCUGCAGAACCUGUCUGUCCUGAAGCAGGUGGGACAGGAGAACCAGCUGACCUGGGCCCAGCAGGCCAUCACUUCUGGCUUUAAUGCUCUGGAGCAGACCCUGCAGAGCACAGCGGGGAGGUUCUGUGUGGGGGACGAGGUGUCCAUGGCUGACCUGUGCUUAGUGCCUCAGGUGGCAAAUGCUGACAGGUUCAAGGUGGACCUCACUCCCUACCCUACCAUCAGCCGCAUCAACAAGUCACUGCUGGCCUUGGAGGCCUUCCACGUGUCUCACCCCUGUCGGCAGCCGGAUACACCCCCUGAGCUGAGGGCCUAGCUCUCAAACUGCACCCCACUGGUGCCAGGGCGGGGGGCGGGGAGGGGUGCAGGGGGAGACAUGGCCUGGGCUGAACUUGCCUAGAAAUGAGCGAGCCCCGACUGCAGAGAUGCGGAAGACCUGAACCCUCGCUCUGGCUCUGCCUUCCCACCGGACCGCUCUCUGCCUCGCCCCUUCAUUUGGCACCUGUGGUCAGGGUGGGGUGGAAGGAUGCGGGAGCGGGUAAGGCAGGACGUUACCUGGUGUCUGGGUCUCAGGCAGUCAGGAGGAUGAAGUGAAUGUAGGCUGAAAUGUCUGGCCAGUUUACCAGAGCCAUGAGGAAGUCUGCGCACUCUUCCCAUCUCCUCGACUGUUAACUGACUUCCGAGAGAGCCCACCCUGGAAUCUGAUCAUUAAACUAAAGCCCAGGUGUCUGCGCUGUAUCACUUAAAGCUGAGCUGGGUUCCAGAAGGUGAACCCUCUUCCUGGCUGGAAUCCGCCUGCGUCUGGACCAGGAGAGAGUGAGCCAGCCCCUUGCCCGCCCCCUGUGGUUGGCCUGGCCCUCAGGACCUAAGGGCCAGGAUGAGAAAUAAGCCCUAAAGCCUGCUUGAGAGAGUCAGACAAGACCUAGGAGAGAACAGGUAUGAGAAGCAGGAGAGAGAGCAUCCUGUGAGCUGAGCGCCCAGGGCUGAGAGUGGUACCACUUCUAAGGCUCUCUCAGCCAAGUCCCUCAUCUUCAGGGGCAGCGUUCUCUGGACCAACCCCAGGGUUUGAUACUUAGGAUACAUCCUGUUGUGAACGGUCCUGAGGGUGGAGGCAGGCUCCUCCAUGGGCAGCAUAAGCAGCCUCCAACUGGCGAGCUCAGGAGACCAACCUGGCAACAGCUUACCUUGGGCUGCCCUGGAGCAGGUCCCCAAGCCUGGAAGUGAGCAGCCAGAACCAGGAUCACGUCUAGACAGAGAUGAUCUCCCCACUGCUCUCUGUGGGGAGAUUGGGGUCACUUCUGAGAGAGAAACAAGAUGACUUGUAUAUCCCAUACCUGAGAUUUCUCUUUCCCUGUGUAACUGAGGUUUAAAUGGGGAAUUAAGAUAUAUGUGUCCAGUCCAAAUGGAAGUCCCCUCUCUCAGCCAUGAAUCUCUUCUUCUUAAAUAUUUACUUUUACUUAUUUAUUUUUGGCUGUGCCAGGUCUUGCUUGCACCAUGCAGGAUCUUUAGUUGCGGCUUGUUAACUCUUAGUUGUAGCCAUGUGGGAUCUAGUUCCCUGACCCAGGAUCAAACCUGGGCCCCUGCAUUGGGAGCUCAGAGUCUUAGCCCCUGGGCCACCAAAGAAGUCCCUGUAAGUCCCCGUUUCUUGAGCUCCAAUCCCAGGGCACCUAGCUCUUCCCUCUCGUCCUAGGUUCCUUGGUGGCAUCUCAUCUUAGAUGACCUGGGUUCCAGGCUCUCCAGUGACCAAGGUGGGCCACUGUGGUCCCAAAGCGAGUUUGUCCUGUUGGAGACAGACAGAAGCAGAAGAAGGGAGAUGAGACACAGCAGUGGAGAGGGAGGCUGUGCGUGUCUUGCUCUGCUGCCUUCUGGGCCCUUUCCCCCAGAUUGCUCCAGACUCGCCUGGCUGCAUCAGGCUCCCCUGGGCUCUCUCCAAGAAACCUUGAGAUCAGAGACUAAUCUCAACUUGGGGAUCUGUAACGGUCACCUGACUUGGACUUUGAAGGUGAUUCAAGCUCUGGUGGAUUUUAAAGAGGGACUGAAAAAAAAUAAAGAGGGACUGAGCUCAGGGGGAAGAGUGGGGCCCCACACUCCAGGCUGUGCUCCCUGGCCAUCCAGAGAGAGUGGAAUCUGCAAGGAGCAGCAGGCAAGUGGCAGAAGCGAGGCUUGGCCAGUUGGGGUGCUGCUGCCACGACCCCAGAUCAAGGCGACAGCUGGCUCUGCCUCUCACUCACAGGUGCCUUCAGGAGCCCAAAUAGUCCAAAGUGAUUGCCAGCACUGCUGAGGUUACCAGGUCCUCCCACCCCUCCCUCCUUCCAGCCUCAUUUCCAGGCAACAGAGAAGCCCAACAGACUUCUGGGAAGUGCGGCCACCAGCCAGAACCCACGUCUAGGACAAGGCUCUGGACGCAGAGACAAGCUGAGCCCAUGCCCCCAGUCUGAACGAUUCCACGGGGAACUUGCUAUAACGAGCUGGGCGGGCUGGGGUUCCUCCUAGAAACUAGCUGGGGGCUGUCCUGCUCCAGCUGCUAAUGGACCCCUCUCCUUCCACUCAGUCCACCAGUGUGUGGUGAGCCCUCCCACCCCACGGGCUGGGGGCUGGGGGCCGGGGGCCGUCCUGCUCCAACUGCUAGUGGACCCCCCUCCUUCCACUCAGUCCGCCAGUGUGCGGUGAGCCUUCCCACGCCCAUGGGCCAGGGGCUGAUGGCCGUCCUGCUCCAGCUGCUAGUGGACCCCCCCUCUUUCCACUCAGUCCGCCAGCAUGCGGCAAGCCUUCCCACCCCACGGGCUGGGGGCUGUGGCUGUGUGAUUGGAUAAGGCAGCUGCAGCCCCUGCUCUUGCUGAGCUUAUGCCUCCCCACUGACUUCUGGACAUUGACCUGACCAGCUCUCACUCCACUGCCUAAACAUCAUGCCUGUCUGCUUAUAUGUCUGAUCUGAGAUAAUGUCCAAAAGCUGAUGUAUUUCAACUCAUGUCUCCUCCUGGAUGGGUAGCACAAUAUUAACCUGUCUGGGACUUCCCUGGAGGUCCGGAGGUUAGGACUCUGUGCUGCCGAUUCAAGGGGAAGAGUUCAAUCCCUGGUCAGGAAACUAAGGUCCCACAUGCUGUAGUGAAGUAAAAAAUAAAAAAUAAAAAAAUAACCUGUUUAACCUAGAGCCUCCAUCAGCCAUCCUAAAACUGGUGGCCAAAGCCGAAUGGAUUUUAAGGAAAUCCAAAUGAGGUAAAGAGGUGAUACAGCCUCCGUUAUCAAGCAGUUGU